AUGUCGACGGAUGAAAAUGUGAUUGUACGUUCGGAAGCUCUGUUAGACAGAGUUAGAACACAGAUGAGCCAAGGCAAUAUUAUCGCUCCUAACAUCAAAAUAGAGCAAACUUUGCCUUUUGUUCCACAAUUAGAUGAAUCAAUGGGAAUCAGCUCAGCUGGUGGAGGCGCAGAACCACCUCUAUCACCAGUUAAGCCACCUCCUGGUGAUCCACAAACUCAAACACGCUAUAAACAAUAUUUCAUUUCAGGUAAAAUCGAAACAGAAACAGUUAUUACGCAUGAAUAUUAUCUUCACGGUUCUGUACCAUCAUCUCCUGGUGGAAUGUCUACACAUCCAGUUUCUCGUUACCAAACUGCAAGAAGUAACAAUCGUUUAGAGAACCCUGACGAGGAAAUACCAGAUAUUGAUACAGAGUUUGUUAUAUCAAAAGCGCAGUGCUAUCAUUUACAAAAAACUCCGAACGAUGUUGCGAAAAAUAUGUAUAUUAAAGCAAAUCAGUUGCCAGACAAAGUACAGCAUAAAACUCCUCUUCCUGGUGGCAGAGAUAUUGCCGCUGAAGGCUAUUUUGUUCCAAACGAGCCUUUAGUUAAAAAAGGAAACAAAACGAGAUUAGAAAACCGUCUCCUCUGGGAUGAUCCAAAUGGGCAAUACUUCUUCGGAGCAGACGGAAAUAUGAGAAAUGAUACACCUAAUGUUGUUGAAAUUUCUCCUGAAUUUCCAAUAAAAGCAAAGAAAGGCGAUCAAUUAAAGGAACCGGAAGUUAAACCAGAAGAUCAACUCGAAUUUAAUCCAGCAGCAGUUUGGGGUGUUCAAGAUGUCGAUGUUUCAAGAAUGAUUCGCAUUGAAAUUCCAAAAGUUACUUUUCUUACACAUCCACUUUCAACUCUCGAAGAUUUACUUGAUAGCCGUAUUAGACAACUUUAUGAUGCUAUCAUGAGAGACGCAGAUGCUCCAAUUGCUAAAUAUUACAAGAAUAGAAUAAAAGCUCUUCGAAACGAGAUGGCAAGAUGCGAUGAAUCUCCACAAGGACUUGCUAAAGAACGCCAACUCCUUGAAGACAUUCUUAAAUUCCAUGAAGAAAAAGACAAAGCUGAAGCUUCUCUUCGUCAACAACGCGAAGAGCUCGUAACAACAUAUAAAGAAUUACAAGACUACAGAAGAAUUGUUGGAUACGGAAUCCACAGCCUUGGUCUUAAAUGGCAAGUCAGAAAUUUCACAGCAGCUGAGAAAGAAAAGCAGGAACAGAACUUUGAGAAUCAUCUUGGUCAUCGCGCAGAAGAAAUUGUUCGUUAUGCCCAAUUAAAUGGUGAAGAAAAACAAAUUGAUGCUGUUAUUGAAGAACUUCGUCAGAAUCAUGCCAAACUUGGAUUACAUCUCCCAGGAGAUCCUCUUUGGCGUCCUGUUCUUACAGAAAACGAGGAUGUAACUCCUUUAGUUAAUUGUCCAGAAAAAGAAAAACAGAGAAGACAAAGAUUACAAGCAGCAAAGAUCUACGUUCGUGUUAAGAUUGGCGCGGAAACUAAUAUUACUUCAUUACAAGUACCUCUUUCCCGUGAUUUUGUCGCAUUACCAGAUUUGGCCAUCGAAGUCGAAGUUACAAAAGUGCCAGAAAACGUAAUAUGCGAGAUCUGGGAAACAGGAUACGUCAGACCACGCCAGAUUGCCGUUGUAAAUCUUGCUACAUCUGUCGGUAUGCCAGUUGUUGACGAUGUUUACGAAUUUACAGCUCGGCCGCCAAGUGGAAAGGGCAGAAUGACCAUUGGUACUGUUUAUGCAAGAAGUUUUGUGAUGCCAUGUCCUCAAGAAAGAAUUCUUGUCAAACCACCGACAUCCGACGAAGAAUCCAAGAAACAACUUGCUCAGGAUCCAAGUAGAUUCAUGAGUGUUCCUAAACUCCUUGAAUGGGCUGAUACUCAUGAUCCAAAUGAUCCUUAUGUCUCAUCAAUGUUGGCCGGAGUCAAAGCUCAAAGAAACCAAGAGAGAGUAGCAGGGAGAUUCAAACUAGACCCAUUACAAGAGCAAACUCUCUUCUCAAGUUUCUCUCCUUCUACAAUUACUCAACAAAUCCAACAGCAUAUCAUAAGAAUACAGAGACAACAGAUAGAUGAAGAGAUGAGGAGACUCAAAGAAGAGCAGAUGGUCACUGAAGAGCAGAAAGUCGAUGAUCAGCUCACAUUAGCAAAUAUUAUCCAAGAAAUCGAGCCACCAAGUGGAUCUUCCAUCUGGAGAGCCAUCAAAGACUUCUUCAGGAAGAGCAGACCAUUGCAUCCUGUCCCAGAAGAUGGAAUUCCAACUAAUUCUCUUUGCGAGUACUCCCAACUUGUUAUCCGUGUUGUCAGAGCCUUGAAUAUCCCUCUCAGAACACAAUUUGGACUUGGUCCUGAUUAUGAUGACGCUCAACAUCAAUUAUUUGUCAGAAUCUGUUUGGAUAACGAUGUCAGAUUAACAAGAAUUGCAGAUAAUGACUGGAACGAGCUUAUCAGAUUCAAUUUGGUCAACGAAGGCGAAGAGAUUCCAUCAAUGAACGACGUUGCCUCGAAACUGAUCAGAAUUGACUUAUUCGACAGGGUCGAUUUCAGCCAAAAUCUAUUUGAAGAGAGGUUUUUGGGUUCAUUAGAAUUACCUAUGACGGCUGUUUGGUCAACAGGCGAAUUAACAGGCAGAUUCCCACUUAAUACACCUCCUAUCCAACUUGCCUACUUCUCUGAGAACGCCAGCCCCAUUGGUUUGGUCGCAUCUAUUGCAAUUAAGCCAAGAAUCGCUGAUCCACCGACCGCCAAUCCAUAUACAUCAUUGGAGUCAUUGGAAAUCAGAGAAAGAGCGAACAGAUUUACCACAAAACUUAAUAAGAAGUCAUUUGAUUAUCCAAGACAGUUCAGAGUCAUGUGUGCACGAGAUGAUGGAUUAUCUGUAUUGUUAUGCAGAUAUAUUUACUCCCUCAACCCUCCAGAAACCAUCAAAACUCCUUUACAAGCGGUCAGAUUUGUUUCGAGUAUUCCAUUCGUUCCUGAUGCCCAGCAAUACCAUACAGCUGGAGAUGUCUGGCUCUCCUGCAAGGAAUUCCUCGACUCUCACUCAGGAGAUGAAGAAGAACAUGCAAUUUUACUUUGCUGCUUCUUAAAGGCACUUGGAAGAGACACCUACGUAAUAAUCGGCAGUGAUGUAUUGAAUGGAUCCGCUUGUUACGUCAUGAUCAAGCAUUCAGACCAUAUCGCGAUUAUUGAUCCUGUCAGAGGCAACUUCUUCGAUGCCAGAGAGACAAGCUGCACAUUGACAAGCAUCGGUGUUGUAUUUAACGAAAGCAACAUCUGGUGCAAUGUCCAAAAAGCAGUUACUCCAUGGCAAGUUGAUUGGAAUUUGGAAAAUAAGAAGAAUUGGAUUCCAUUCUUUGACAACAAAUUCCAGUUCACUCCUCUUCACGAAGAUGCCAACGAACAGAUCAAUUACGACAAGCCGAAUGAAGAAGAAGCAAAGAACAUCCAAGCAGACAUCGAAGCGAAUUUAAGAGCUGCAAUUGAAGAAGACAGAGGUGGUGAACCAACGAAUUGGAACAACGACAUCCAAAAAGUCAUCGAAAAAUCAUUGGCCAUGAUUAUCGAGAAAGAAAAUGGAGAACAAGUCGUCGACAUGUCUGAGCCAUUGCAUUUCUUGGAAGAGAACUUGGCUGAUUACAGAGUUAUUGGUGCUCCUUUCGCUGCUCCUUUCACAAGUGUUGAUAGAAUUACUGAUGAAGUUCGCGCUCAAGGAACAUUUUUGACACUUGCAGAUGGCGUUGAAUUCGCUUUGUCUGUUAAAGUUCUUCCUCUUCCUCAUGAAUUGUAUCUUGCUUGGGUCUUCCUCGUUGCUGCUGUUAAAUGCGAAGGAGGAAACUUAAACAGAGUUGUUGAUGAAGAAGAAUCUUAUAACGAGGAAGAAGAACAACCAAAUGAAAAUGAACAAUCAAGAUCAAUUAAUAAUGAACAACAACAACAACAAAAAGAAGAAAACAAACAAAAUCAAAAUAAUGAAGAAAAUAAACAACAGCAGAAUGAUGAGGAGAACAAGGAUUCUGAAAAGGAAGAUGCAAUAGUUGUUGAUGAACCAGCGGAUGAUGAACCGCCGUUAAGUGAAGACGAUAUUUAA